CCUUAAUCAAGAAAAGGCGCCGCGCGUCUCCGUCUCCCGCAGCUUUUGUACCCUGCCCUUUGCGGAGUCCUAGGGCCAGUGUAAUUCGCCUCCGCCAUGGAGGCGUCACAGGCGGGGAAAUGCACCAGGUGCAUGGCAUGGAUGCUGAACAUCAAGUACUUGGACACCGACAAACAGGCGGGCGACAGCUUGAAGGCGUCGGAGAACGAGAUCCUGAACCGUGGCCAGCCAGCUCGAGUGUCCUGCCGCCGACUGCUGCAUGCUUUUGCCAAGCUCUUUUUCCCCUACUUCACGGAUCGACGCACUCGGGUCAAAGCGUCCCUCCUUUUGCUCUGCGUCUGUGGCUUGACCUACUUGGAGGUGCAAAACAGUGUGGCCAGCGCAGCUGCCAUGCGGCCCUUGAUGAACAGCCUCACCGCCAAAGACGUGGACGGCUUUUGGCGGGCCUUCCAGCACACAGUGUGGGUGCAUGCACGCCUUCUUCCAAUCGCUUUUCUGCACGCAGCUGUGGUCAUGGUGCUGAUCCUGGACUGGCGGAAGUAUCUUACAACUCGCGUGCUGGACAUGUACGCGAACAAGGGCCAGGGCUACUACCGGCUCAGCGUGCAGUAUGGCAACAUUGACAAUCCCGACCAGCGUAUCGCUCAAGACAUCGGUUCCUUCACGCACUCCUCGCUGAACUUGGUCACAACGCUUUGCAAGGACAUUCUGAAGAUCGCGGCCAACUCAGUGGCGCUCUACGAGAUCUCCGGAACGCUCUUCUGGAUCUUGCUCGGGUCGGCGGUGAUUUUCGGAGUGGUCUCCAUCCUUUUCGCGAGCCCUUUGAUGCGUUUGCAGCGGAGGAUCCUCGCAGUGGAGGGCACUUUGCGCUAUGUGCUCGUCCGGCUCCGUGAGCAUGCGGAGUCCGUGGCUUUCUUCCGUGGCUACGCCUUCGAGAAUGAGAUCUGCAAGAAAGUGCUGGACCAUGCCAUCUGGGUCUCCUACAAGCGCAAUUUUGUGGCGGCCUUAUACAUUAUCACCACCGUGAUUUCCAAGAUCGCCUUGGACAUGUUGCCCAUCGUCAUCGUGGGACCCAUGUACCUGGCUGGAGAGACCAGCUUUGGGACCAUCCAAAUGGCACAAACGCUCUUCCACAACAUGAUGCAAGGAUUGCUCGAUCUCGGCACACAAUUUACGCAGAUCGCCAACAUGGGGGCAGAAGCUGUCCGCGUGCAAGAGAUCUGGGACGCCUUGGUGCACAUCGAAGCCACCGAUGCCAAGAAGCACCAGCCAUCGUCUUCAGAGAGCGAUAGUGGAGCAAGCACCUCUAUCGAUGACCUUGAGAACGCGGAUGUCAUCUCUGACGACGACACCGCCGAGGAGUUGGACCUCCGCGACCUGGAGCCCUCCCUGACGGAGGUGAGGCUGAAGCUCCAGGGGGUGACCAUCUUGCCGCCCUUGGGCCAGGAGCCUCUGAUCCAGAACCUCUCGCUGUCACUGCUGGAGGGCCAGUCGAUGCUCAUAGAGGGCACCAGCGGCUCUGGAAAGAGCUCUUUGCUGCGUGCCAUUGGCGGGCUGUGGACGCGGGGCUCUGGGGUGAUCGAACGAACGAAGCUGGACAGGUGCCUCUUUAUUCCGCAGACGCCUUACCUCUGCCUGGGCUCGCUGCGCGACAACAUACUCUACCCCGGUGCUGAAUCGACCUCUGAGGUGGGUGACGACAAGGUGAUAGAAGCCCUCAAGGCGCUGGGGAUCGAUCACCUGGCGGAACGGCACGGGCUACAUAAGGAGCUUGACUUUGAGAAGAUCCUCUCAGGAGCGCGAGAAGCAGAGGAUCAACGUCUGCCGCUUGCUCCUGCGGAAACCGGCACUGGCGCUUUUGGACGAGGAGCCACCUCUGCCUUGGACGAGGAAAAUGAGCGCACAGUUUACGAGCUUGUGAAGCAGCAAUGUGGCAGCUACGUGUCUGUAGGGCACCGGCCCUCCCUCGUGGCCAUGCACUCCUUGCGCCUCAGGCUUGACCGUCCCAAAGGCCAAAGUUACUGCCGUGGAAAUCUGACGCGGACUCGGUCGUUCGAGCCAAGCCCACGAACCGCCGAGGUGUCCCUGUAGCUGUUUUCCUCGACCCACAGGCCCCGAAGCGUGAGUUUUUGUCAAACGCUCGCGGGUCCAUGGGUCCAUGUUCGUGCCCUUCCGCGCGAGGGAAAUUCUUCGGAGGUGGGCGUGGUUCUUUUUUCGGAGCCCUGUUGGGCAUUUGCAAGGACAUCAUGUGUUCUUGGUGCCCAGCAGAUCUUCCGGUUCCAGAAAGGUUGUUAGAUACUCUCAAUUGGUUCAGUGGUAGUUUCCACUGAAC